AGUUAAGUGAGCACGCAGUACGCAGUGGCAUUAGGAAUUUGGAUCUGCUGGCAGCUUGUUGACUUUUCGGCUACGCUCACAAAUACAGACUUCACCAGUGCACACAGAGCAUAACAGCCCGCUGGUCAUCAUGGCACUGGAUGGAUGUGGCAUCAUCUGCAAAUAUAUCCUCGUCAUUUUCAACCUCAUCUUUGCGGUGCUGGGGUUUGCCUUUUUGGGUAUAGGCAUGUGGCUGAGGUUCAGUAAUAACACCAGAGGCAUCUUUGAAAUAGAUACCCUCAACUCGAGUGCAUUUGUUGUGGGUGUGGCGGUUCUGAUAGGCCUGGGCUCAGUGAUGCUGAUCGUGGUGGCGUUUGGAGACUAUGGUGCCUGCAAUGAGAAAAGAUGCGCUCUGCAAGUGUUCUCCGCCCUUCUGGCUCUUCUGGCUGGAGCUGAAAUCGGCUUUGGUGUGGUUGCGUACUCCAGGAGAUAUCAGGUUGGAGCUAGCAUUGCGGAGUUCUACACUAGCAUGUAUUUGCUGUAUGUGAAAGGUGGCGGCGAUCCAGCCAUUGGUGUUACUCUCACCUUCGUCCACAACAUGCUUCACUGCUGUGGAGUGACAGGGGUCAAGGUGAUAGAGCUGGCUCAACAGACCUGUCCCAAGCCAGAUGGAUUUUUUGAGCACCUGGUCAUGCCGAAUUGUCCUGAAGUCAUCGCAAAUGUCUUUGACAGUAAAGCAUCACUGGUCCUGGGCAUCUUCCUUGGAACUGCAGCUCUUUUGCUCUUAGCUCUGAUUUGCAGCAUAACACUCAGUAAAAAGAUUCGCCUGUCUGCCUCAUCACCUCAGUACAUCAUCCUGACUCACUCCCCCCCUGCCCUGCCUGGCCCUCAACCAUCCCAUCCCCAUUUUGUCUCCACCUCCUCCUAUCCCUACCCUGACCAGGAGCCAGUCAUCUUCAGCCCCCUCACUGUGGCCAACAUCCCUGUGGCUCAGGGCUAGAGUGCUUGGGCCAGUUUUUCCCUCUUCCCUCACUAUCAUGCUAUCUUGUUUUUUUUUCCCCACAAUGCUUUGGCACAGAGAAUACAAACAUGUUUUUACCCACCUUUCCCAGCAUGGUCACUGCAGGAUGUCAUCAGUUCCCUUUAAAGGAAUAAAAUCCACCCUAAAAGACAUAAGACACAAUUAUAAUACAUUGGUGGUGUAUUUUUCCUCAUUCCCACAGAUAAUUGGCCAAAUGUUAAAUGAUAGGCCAAGAUUUUUAGCCACAGUGGGUGAAUUUGAUAGCAGUUCAAAAUUUUUUCCUCUAUAUUUUUUUUUUGGGCAAAACUACACAUUUGUGCUCCCCAACAAGUCAGUUCAGUCUCCUCUUUUCCUUUUCUUCUACAAAUUGAAAUCUGCAGCUACAUCAUACAUUUUCUUUCCCUUGUCUACUCACACCUCACUGAACAUUUUUGCCUUUUUCAGUUUCACAUUAGCUCUGCUUUAUGUACAGACUGGUAGCAGGGGCUGGGCUAACUCACUCUGUGGCUGGUUUAAUCCUAGAGGUGAUAAGGAGGCAAAAGCAGAUUUUUUCACAGCUCUUUGUUCCAUCCCUGCUCUUUACUACCCCUUCUGUGUCUGCACGACAGAUUACUGCCCUGGUCUGCGCCAUUAUCCUCAUGAAACAGCUCAAGAGAGUCAACCAAGAGAUCUCAGCGUACUAUUCGACUGUGUACUAAAGAAGAGGAUUAGGUUUUCAACCUUCCUUUCCCUUCAUCUGCCUCAUCAACAAAGACCAUUGCUGGAAUUCAGGCUCAACCAGCAAAUCAAUGUUUACAGAUUUUCCUCUGUAUGUCAGCUACUGAUCACACUAAUUCUGGACGUAGAAUUCAGUUUAAAUUAAUCUUUUUUAUUUUUGAAACAAAAAAAGUAAUUUGUUCAGAGCAGCUAUCAAUAUUUUCCAAACAUAUUUUAAAAAAUCAUCAUACAGUGGCUCUUGGUGAAAAGGAUGUUUCUCUCAAUUGGCUCUUAUUCAUGCAACUAAAAAUGGUAACAGCUAGGCAGCAUGUGCCUGACAGGCUUCUAGAUCACUGUGGACCUAUGAUAAUCUGGGAUUGAGUAAAACACAUCCAUUUAAUGACAAGGUCAGUUGAGUGGAGACUUGUUUAUAACAAACAUCCACAUGUUACACUGUUUAGCAGUUAUUUUAAUAUGCAGUGUUUGUGACUUAGUAACAGCAGCUCUAAUGCUUUUGUGCUUUUUUUUCCCCUGUUACAUCUGGAAGAGUUAAAUACUCACUGAGCCGUGACAGAUAUGACCGUUUGUGUUACAACUGUAUGUACAAAUGCAAAAGGGAUUCAUUUAAACCAUUUCAUAAACUUAAGGAUUGGUCAAACUACAUUGUUGUCACCCUAAAACAGAAGUUGGUAAUUUUACAUUGGUACUUUUUCUUUGCCAUAGUUUUG